ACACACACACACACACACACACACACACACACACACAUUGAGAGUGGUUCUCAUACACACUGCAGGAACAGACCUUCCUGUUCUGGAGGUGGUAAAUGGACGUACUGUAGAAGUCUGAGGUGACUGGAGUAAGCAGGAUGUACAGGGUCUAAAGAGACUUGAACUAGCUGGGAGCCACAAGUCAUCAUGGUUAUCCUGCUGGUCCCCACACUGAAGAUUGUCCUCCUCUUAGCUGCUGUGUGGAGUGUGUGUACAGCAGAGUUGAUCACAGUGGAAGGAUAUGAGGGGGGCAAAGCAGAGAUCAGAUGCCCCUAUAGAGAGGAGUGGAGGAGCCACCAGAAGUACCUCUGUAAAGGGGUUUGUCCUGUUUUAAAUAAAGACAAAGUUAUUAAGACUGAGGCGGGGGAAAACAGUGCUUCUAAAGGGAGAUACUCGCUGAAGGACAACAGAGAGGAAAGUGUCUUCAUUGUGACCAUCACCAACCUGACGUUAAAGGAUGCUGGGAGAUACUGGUGUGGAGUGGACAAAUGGGGACAAGAUAACUACAUUAAAGUCAACCUUGAAGUCUCUGAAGUAGGGGCUACAGCGACACCAACAAUAACCACCACAAGAAAACCUGCUACAACAACAACAGCAUCAAACCGAGGUUUACCAACGCUGUCAUCCUUAACCACCUCCAUCUCACCAUCAUCAUCCAUCUCAUCAUCAUCAUCCAUCUCACCACCAUCAUCCAUCUCACCACCAUCAUCCAUCUCAUCAUCAACACAAAAUGGAUUUGUGGUCAUCAUAGUAUCUGGGAUUCUGGUCAUGCUGCUAUUGGUGCUUGUGGUCAGCCUGCUCAUAGUCUAUAGAUGGAAACUCAACAAGGAAACAGCUGACUCCUCAGCACCCAGGGUGAACACUGGGAUCAACAUAGAGGGUUGUCAUGGUGAUGGUGACAAUAAGGAGGUAAAGGACCACACCAGCUCAGGUAGUGAGACCACCACCAUCUACUCCACCGCCAACUUACCCACAAGCCCCUCUGACUGUCUCAACUACGCCAGCGUCAACUUCCACAAGAACCCCAGCUGCCCCAAUGAAGCCACUGCCGCCAUCGCUAAAGAGGGCACCUCUUCUGGUGACUAUGCCACUGUCAACGUCAGUCAAAAGCCUGCCUACUCUACUGUCAAUCAUCCACACAGCUCCUCUGAGGCUCCUCCCAUCUACUCCACAUUGAGCAUAACCAGAGACACCUGAGUCACUGACAACCAAUCACAAGGGACAUACACUCACUGGCAACCAAUCACAAGAAACAUGUCAUGAACUACUUUUACCACUAACAGCCUCUUGAGCACUGAGCUCUGUUUUUAGCAGACAGCUGCAUAAUGUGCUUCAUGUCCUCACAAUCAGAUGUUACCCUGACUUCUCUCUUCCAUCAGAUGUGUUUCCCUGACUUCUCUCUUUCCAUCAGAUGUGUUACCCUGACUUCUCUCUUCCAUCAGAUGUGUUACCCUGACUUCUCUCUUCCAUCAGAUGUGUUACCCUGACUUCUCUCUUCCAUCAGAUGUGUUUCCCUGACUUCUCUCUUCCAUCAGAUGUGUUAACCUGACUUCUCUCUUCCAUCAGAUGUGUUUCCCUGACUUCUCUCUUCCAUCAGAUGUGUUUCCCUGACUUCUCUCUUCAACUUGUCUUAAUGUCAGUUAAUUUUUUGUUCAUAUCUGCAGAUAAAUAUUGGCUCACUAUUUGGCAAGCAUUGAAAAAGGUAUCACACGUUUUUGACCAAGGCAUUGUAACAGUCUAUUAAUGUUUUUUUUACAAAUGUAUAAUUGAUUAAAUAACCAUGAAUGAUGUAUUUGGAAAGUCCUUAUAAAGGGUGCCUUUAAAAACACCCCCUUUUAGCUUGGCCUUUAACCAGUGAUUGUUUUAGACAUCCUCUGUGUUUUAUGUUAUUUUAUUCAUCCUUUUUACUGCUUCCUGUUUGCUUCUACUUUUUUAAUGUGAUUGUUUUAUUGUGUUGCGAUUGUAAAUGCAAUUUAAAUUAAAGGAUAAGUGCAGAUAACUUCCUUUUUUAUGAUAUUACCACACUAUGAGGUGGAAAUAACACUAGGAAAUUGUGAAAAUUAUGAUAAUUACCUUUUUGUGUGAGAGCUGUUUUAAAAGAAUGCCUGGAAUUUCAGCCUGUUCAUGAUCCCACAAUCUCAUCUGAUUAUAAGGGAGUAAUGACUGUUCAUCUGGGUAAGUGGGUGGGCUCUAGGCCAUCCUAUCAGCCAAUCAGGGCUGUGUUUGUUUCCUAACACCCACACGAUCAACGGCCAAAAGAGGCUCAGGGAAAUACAUUAUAAAAAAUAUACUUUUUACGUAAUUUCAUCAAAUAAACACACACAGUGAUUUAUUAGAAGUACAGUGAUUAUAAAAAAAUAAACAUUGAAAUAACUGCUUGGGGGCCUUAAGUUUGACUUUAUAUUUUCACAUACAGUAUGUUACAGUUGGUACAAAACAGAGCAGCACGUAUUGCACUUAGAUGUACACGGAGGGCAAAUGUCAACGACAUGCAUGUCAAUCUCUCCUGACUCAAAGUUGAGGAGAGAUUGACUGCAUCACUAUUGGUCUUUGUGUGAGAUGUUGAUGUGUUGAAGCUACUGAACUGUCUGUUUAGGCAGUUGGUUCACAGUUCAGACACUCAUUGGUACCAGACAAGACAUGCAACCAGAGGUCCCUUCACAUUCCCCAGGGCCAGAACAGAGGCUGGGAAACACAGUAUUAAAUAGAGCCAUGACUACAUGGAACUCUCUGCCACCCCAGGUAACUCAAACUAACAGAUACAAGACCAUCUAAUUGCAGGAUGGAGACUGUGAAGAGACACAGACAUGUUUAUGCAUUUUGUAUUUUAUAUUAUGUAUGUGAUACGUGGUUAGGAUACGACUUUGAUAUGUGGUUGUCUCGUCUGGCUAUCUUAAGAUGAAUCCACUGGCUGUGGGUCACUGUGGAUGGGAGCGUCUGCUGUAUGGCUCAAUUGUAAUGUAAAUGUAGUUCUGUAUAUUAUGUACUUUAUUUGUUAUUUUGUUUCAUGUUUGGACCCUAUUGUGAUUUUUUUCAGUACAUAUGUGGCAAUUAUUUAUUUCAGAAAACUAGUUCCCUCUAUUGCUCUAGGUCAUUGGACACCGUUAGACAUGCACCUGGUUAUUCUUGUAACUGUUAUUGCCAACUAUGGUUACACCGCUUGGGUUUUUUCCAGAACAGGGGUUCCCCUUUCAGUGGAGUCAGCAGGAUGUCAUGUACUGGUUAAUCCUGUAGAGUGCCAAGGUCUGUUGCUAUGAAACUAUUUCUGUGACUCUACAGGUUGCAUGUCCUAAUAUGAAGGCAAUAAAAUAACAGUGGCUAAAUGCCAGUGGUGAUAAGCCAUUAAGAGGAGUUACUAUGAGCAUGACAUAAGAAGGACAAAUGUAUAAGUAUUCUGUGCCAAGGUUGGAAGGCAGUUGUUUUCAUGAUUCCAGCUCGGCUUUUAUUAUGAAGUAAUAAAAAGUCUAUUUGAACUCA